CUCUUCCUCUUUUUUUCUUUUUUGGUAAAAGCACUCUCUCUCUCUCUCUCUCUCAUCGGAGGCCGAGGUUCCUGUAUUUGGCCCGGGCGGUUGAAAGAAUUUCCGUCGAUGGAUACUUCAAGCAAACCCACUUCUCGAGUGAUCAGCAGCGCGUACCCAUACCCUAAAGAUUUGAAGGUGGAGGAAUUGGUUCCCGACAAGCUUCAAUCGAAUUUGAGCAACUACGUGGUGUGGAAGAAACAAAUGUUGGACGACGUCAUCGCCCAUAGCGGCUUGCUCGGUUUCAUCGACGGCACCGUUAGAUGCCCGCCCGAGACCCACCCGGUGAUCGCCGGUAACGUUCCAAACGCCGGCGGCACAAUUCACAAAUCUUCCAUCGAAAGCAAACCCCCAAAACAAGGAUCAACGGGGCACACCCGCGAAAAGAACAAACGACUCCCGAGGUACGUGGCAUGGAAAAGGACGGACGAGCUGGUGCGGAAAUGGAUCAUGAGUAGGCUCGCGAAGAGUAUAAAGAACAAGCUUGGGCGAUUCGAAACUGCUAAAGAGCUUUGGAAAGCUUUUCUACAACUGGUUGAAGACAUGGAGAUGGCGGAGCGAAAGAAGAGGAUGAACAGUUAUGGGUCACUUUACAAAGCCACAAUCGAAGGCGAUUGGGAAGCCGCCGACAAAUUCCUAGAAAAAGAGCCGAAUGCAGUGACGGCCCGCAUUACAUUCGGCUCGGAGACGCCGCUCAUCGUGGCCGUUAAAGUUAAAGUGGCUAGCAGAAUGCGUUUUGCGGAGAAAUUAGUGGAGAGGAUGUCGCCCGAUGACCUCGCCCUCAGCGACCACAAAGGCCGGACGGCCCUGCACAGGGCCGCCGGAGCCGGCAACAUCGAGGUGGCGAAGUUGCUAGUGGGGAAGAACUCACGUUUGCCCUAUCUGGAGACCCAUGUGAAAGAUAUGCCUCUAUUCUACGCUGCUGGGCGUGGGGACAAGGAGAUGGUUCGUUUUUUGAUGCAUGCCAUGGAUCUCAAACGGCUUAAGGGUGAACCAGGGUUCAGAGUUUUGUUCCAGCUCACAAUUAAUCAACUAUACGACAUUGCUCUAGAAGUGCUUCAGAACAACCCUGCGUUGGCAUCCUUCAUUCCGAAGAAGGAAGAAGAUCUCAAAUUUCAUGCUUUGACUGCAUUGGCUGACAAGCCUUCUUCAUUCGAAAGUGGAAACAACUACAACUUCUUGAAGAGAUUCAUCUAUUCCCGUAUGGAGCCGGAAGACAUUGCAGAUUACCGUCGUAGAGAUCUGGAUAUAGAGGCUCCUACUAGCAACAAUUUUGUUGCGGAUAAUGGAGGCUGGGGUUAUGCAGUGAAGAAGAGAUUGCAUGGUAUGUUUUGGAAAGUUGCUGGAAAAAUCGACAUCACAGGGCGAUUGAUCGAGCCCAUCCGGGAGAAGAAAUUGCUACACAGUCAAGCACUUGAACUUCUUCGAUACCUUUGUGAGCAAGCUAUAAAGUUAGAUUUCUCAAACGCAAGCCGGAUAUUCCGGCUACCAUUAGAACAAGCAACGUCGGUUGGAAUUCAUGAAAUCGUUGAAGAGAUUUUGAGAUUGCACCCUUACGCAGUUUCUCUUGAAAACCAUAAGAAGCAAUUGAUUUUCCAGCAGGCCAUUGUGUACCGCCAAGAAAAGGUGUUCAAUAUCAUAUACCAACUUAAAGAGUACAGCGCCAUCGUUCUAUCGAAAUGGGACACUGAUGACAACAAUGCUCUUCAUUUGGCUGGGUAUGUGGCGCCUCCACAACUACUCUACCGCAGAGCCGGUGCAGCUCUACAGAUGCAGAGAGAAUUGCAGUGGUUCAAGGAAGUUGAAACACUUGUCCUUUCAAAAACCAAAGAAGAGAGGAACAAGGAGGAAAAGACACCCGCGCAAGUGUUUAGCGAUACGCACAAGGAGUUGGUGAAAGAAGGAGAGCGGUGGAUGAAAGACAAUGCAAGUUCAUGCACAAUCAUAGCAUCUCUCAUUGCCACCGUGGUGUUUGCGGCUGCCAUACAAGUACCGGGGGGAAACAACGACAACGGCCUCCCAAUAUUCAACCAAGAGGGAGCCUUCAUAAUCUUUGGCAUAGCCAAUGCGCUCGCUCUUUUCUCGUCCAUUUCCUCCGUGAUCAUGUUCUUGUCCAUCCUCACUUCUCCCUGCGCAGAAAGAGACUUUCUCUUCUCUUUACCCCAUAAACUUAUUAUCGGCCUGAUCACCCUCUUCCUCUCCAUAUUAUUCACGAUGGCGGCCUUCGGCGCCACACUCUAUCUUGUGUUUGGAGGAAACAAGGGAUGGAUUCUUAUUCCAGUAGUCGCAUUGGGUUGUUUGCCUGUGACCUUGUUUGGGGCUUUGCAAUUUCCUCUCCUUGUGGAGAUGAUGAAGUCCACGUACAGUUCAAGUAUUUUUGAUAAGCGAACUGGUCGUUUGCUCCUAUAGCUAGGUUAGAUAUCAAAACUUGAGACUCUAUAAACAAGUUAAGAAUUUGGUGGCCUGAAGCAGCUGCAGUAACACUGAAAGAGGGCUUUUUACAUUACUAGUGUAAAGCAAUAUCAUGACCCGGAGGUCGCAGGUUUGAGUUGCGGAAACAGCCUAUCCGAUUGCCGGGAUAAGAUUGCGUACAUCAACUCUUCCCCAGAUUCCCGCAGUGACGGAAGCCUCGUGCACUGGGUUUAUCCUUUUUAGUGUAAAGCAAUAUUAUGAUCGUGUUGUGUAAUUGAGUACCUCAACCUUUAAGUGCUUUAUUCUAUUUGUAUAAUAAUGCAGUUGGUUUUACGGCCCAAUAAAGAAGAUGCGGGCUUAUAAG